GUUGAAUCUGUCAUUCAUUGUCUCUUCAAUUUAUAUUAUUCGAAGUAGCCUACAUCAGUAGCCCUCUUAACCUCAAGCUGUUUUCUUUCAUCCAAACUUCUAUCCAAGCAAGCGAAAAUUGUUAUGUGAUGUGAUUCCUGUCCGUUCCAGAUAUACCUCGUGUAAUGCAAUGUAUAGCCACGAGGUGGCACCAUAAUACCAUAAACUUGCAAACUGGAAGGAUUCGCAUUAUGAAUGGGCAGUUUGCUGUCACUGUCCUUCCGGGAGAGAUUUGGCAGGAGUAUAUUCAGAAAACAUGCUGUAUUUUCAAGAAUGGUGGGGUCAUGGAAAAACCCAGCUCCUUGGUUGUGGAGUAGAGAAGAAGUAGUGCAUCGUGGGUGAUUUCCCGGAGAAGACAGGGAGGCGAUGGAGGAAGAUGAGCCGGCUGUAGAAUACAAAAGUCUGUUUGAGGACCCAGCCUUCCUCUGUGAGGACUCCUCCCUGUUCUCAGACUACUCCACCCCCAUCGCCAGGUUCCAGGAUGACAUCACAUGGCUUCGGCCACAGGAGAUCUGCCCGUCUCCCACACUCUUCCCUGACAACACCGAUGACGGCCAUGCAAAGCAAGGCCUCCUGGGAGACUGCUGGUUCCUCUGUGCCUGCACGAUCUUACUGAAAAACCAGCAUCUGAUGAAGAAGGUGGUACCCCCUGCCCAGCCUCAGUGGGGGGAGAGGGGGUACAGGGGCUCCUUCCUCUUCCGUCUCUGGCAGCAUGGCCGCUGGACAGAGGUAACCGUUGACGACCGGCUGCCCUGCCUCGGAGGCAAGCUCUGCUUCUCGCGCUGCCAGUCCCCCACUGCUUUCUGGGUAGCUCUGCUGGAGAAGGCCUAUGCCAAGCUGCAGGGGUCGUAUGAGCACCUAUGGGCGGGGCAGGUCUCUGAGGCCCUGGUAGACCUGACAGGGGGGCUGGCGGAGCGCUGGAGCCUGGGGGAUGGUGGGACGGAGGAGGACCAGGGUCGGGGGUCAUCUGACAGUGACUGGGUCAGGAGGAGGAGGCUGGAUCUGGACCUGCUGCAUGCGGUCAGAGAGGGCUUUUACUCUGGGCUGUGUGCCAGUGAGUUGUGGCAUGCCCUGAGUGUGAUGGAGUGGGUGGACGUGAGGACGGUGGAAGGGGUAGGAGUACGUCUAAUCAGGAUCAGAAACCCCUGGGGCAGACGCUGCUGGGAGGGAGCAUGGAGAGAGAGUGGAGAAGGCUGGAACUCUCUGGACCCGACCUGUACUCUGAACCUGCUGGGCCGAGCCCAGGAGGCCGAGUUCUGGGUGGACGAGACUGAAUUCCUGUUGCAGUUUGAUGAUGUCACAGUGUGGUAUCCCAUCAAUGAGGAGGGACACCUGCAGAGCAUCUAUUCUGGAGAGCUGCUGACUCACAGCCACCAGACGGGCGAUCGCUGGGUCAAAGGUCACUCAGCAGGUGGUUGCCGUAACAACAGUAGCUAUGGCAGCAAUCCUCAGUUCUGGCUGCAGGUGUUUGAGAGGGGAGAGGUGCUUGUGUCUCUGCUACAGCACAGAAGGUAUAGCAGGAACACAGGACGCCACUACACACAGUCACCAGAGGAGGGCAGCAGCACCACACAACACCAGCACUACCAGGCCAUCGCCUUGCACAUGUGGAAGGUAGAGAAUAAGCGUUUGAACCUGUCUGGGACUCUGAACAGCCCUCCCUGUGCCUCCACACACUGCCACGCCUACGAGCGUGAGGUGGUGCUACACACACACCUGGACCCUGGCUUCCACCUGCUCAUCCCCAGUACCUUCCUCCAGGGGGGCGAGGGGAGCUUCCUGCUCAGGGUCUUCUCCUCUUCCCCCACCUCACUCAGUGCUGUGAAGACCCCAGGGCCCUCUUUGCCGUUGGUAACAGAGGGGGAGUGGGAGACAAUCUACUUACGGGGUGCAUGGGUCACCGGGUCAUCGGCCGGGGGGAGCAGGAACUUCCUGUCUCACUGGCAGAAUCCCAGGUUCCCGGUCACCAUGGGCGACAACUUAGCGGGGUCAACAGGGGUCAAUGUUAGGGUCACCCUCCACCAGAACUGCCCUGACACUGACCUCCAGGCCAUCGGCUUUCACCUGUACAAGGCUCCGGAGGGACAGGGGAAGGCCGAGUCGACAGUACCCAGGGAGGAGGAACCGGUGGCCAGCUGCAUUCCUCACUGCUACACCCAGGCUGUCAGUCUGGCCUGCUGCCUUCCUCCAGGGGCAUACGUCAUAGUGCCCUCCACCUACCAUCCUGAUUCCCCAGGCCAGUUCACCCUCACUGUGGCUCGCAAAAUACACAGGAGAGUGGUGAAGAGUCAGGAAAGUCUGGGGAGAGCCAUUCAAGAGGUCUCUCACAUAUCUGUGAUGCGUAGUUAGCUCUGGGAGCUGUGCUGCCGCUCUGCUGACGUGAGCUCACAUCCCUUCGGCCUUGGCCACAGAUGAAGGAGCGGGUCUCCCCCCUCUACCCAUGCCGAACACUGUGUGUGUUUGUGUGCGCACGCACGGCCCGGGCUCAGGGCCUUUAUCCCCAGCCUGGCGAGGCUCAGGGAGCCGAUCGGCAUCUCUCCUUUCUGUCUCUCUCUCUCCCUUUCUCUCUCUCCCGGCUGCGAUUAGCACAUCAGAGGUUGUCGUUGGGCCGGGCACUAAUGGGAGCUGACGGGGCUGGCCGGUGUAAACAAACAGUCGCCAUUGAAGAGGCCCGCUCGCUAUGCUCACUCGCUGGCCCGUCGGCCCGGGACAAAGGGCCCACUCAUGGAGCUCCUUGCUGGGGCCGAGAGGGCAGGAGCAAGGGGUCGGACCUCACCACACUGCAGUGCACCCACCCAGCCUCAGACCCAAACCCCAGGGCUGCCUGUGACUGAACUUUGCCUUCAUCCAUGCCCCCAGAGUAGGUAGAAGUUUCCCCUAACCAUUUAUAUUUUCUCAUCCCCUGAAUGUUUGAGCUUAGAAUGUGAUUGUAAAUAUGUGGCUAAGGACAGCUUCAACAUCAAGCCCUUAAAACAGCCUAGCCCCUUGCCCCCUCACUCCACAACCCCCACACCUGGGACUCUGCUGCAGCCCCACCUCCCCGUCCCUAUCACCCUCAGACCCUUAGAACUGGACCCGACCCGGACCGUUGUUUGAAGUGGCUGCAUGAUGAACAGAUGAGGCGGGGAAGGAAAAGGGGGAAGUACAGGGGGCGAUAUGGGGCGAGGCGGCACUACUUAGGCAACAGAUUCUUUGGAAGAAGCCGCCAGUGUUUUGGCUCUGCACGCAGUGGCUGAGAAGGCAGGGUGUGUGUGUUUGUUUUUGUUUGUGUGUUGCUGGUGGGGUAACUUGGGUGCCACUCCAACUGUUGACUGAUGACAAUGGUUUUAUUAUCUGAGAGUAUUACUGUGUUAUUGUCCUUUUGUUUUCAGUGUGUUUGUGUGUUUAAUUAUACAGAAGAUGCAGGUGCUGAUGGAACUAUAAUAAAGUUGUUUCCUGCAAACCA